AUGGCUUUCAAACUUGAGCCUAUCGAAAUCGUAGCCAUCUGCUUAGCAUCCUUCGCUGUCCUUCUCAUAACCUUCUACGCCCUAUACAAACUCACCAAAUCAUGUCGGACAUCCUCUUCAGCAUCUACCACGCCUAUACAUGAAUCUCGCAACCAGUACGGAUACGGUGGUGGUAAUGGAUAUGGAUAUGAUCAUGGAGGGAAUGCUCAUAAUCCAUUUAUGAAUUAUCCAUAUUCUGCUGGAUCUUCAUCCAAAGGAAUGGGGGGCCGGAAUACACCUACACCUAUACCAACUACAAUACAACCAUCACCUUCUACUGGACAUACUACGCUCGUUACUCCUUCUACCGCCAGCGGGGGAAAGAAUGGACAUAAAUUGAAGAAAGGCGGUAUAGGGUUGAUACAUUCACCUUGGCAAUCGUCUAAUAAAGAUAAAGAAAAGGUAGAUAUGGAAGAAAAGACCAAUGAUGAAUUGGUCGUGGUCACUUAUGAAGAUGGAUUAAGGAAAUUAGGUAUUCAACCUAUACGUGAGAUCCCCCAAGGGCCCCAAGGGGGAGUGGUAAAUCAAUAUAGAAACGUACCUCCGAUUAAUACAAACGUGUCAUUCGUCAACCCAAAUCCAAAUCCAAAUACCAAUUUAUACACUCCUGCUUCUACAAUCACACCGUCUGCGAUGGCGUCUUCGACUCGACCCGAAAUGGUAGAGAGAGAAUCAUCCAGGAGGACAUACCAUUCCGUUGCUGGAAGGGGACACGGUGCGGGACGAAGGGGCCAUACGAAUACGAUGGGUACGAUGGGUAGUAAUCUGUUGCCUAGUUAUUAUAUAGAAACGAAUGCGGGGGAUGAUUGA